CAGGUCCCCUAAAGAUUGACAGUACGACAUGACCAUAUGCAAGAAUGUUUCACUGUCACGUUGUCGUCAACGAUGAUGUGGACAGUAAAUGCGUAUUAAGUCGACGAAUAUGAUGGACACGUUGACGAUUCUCAUCUUCCUCCACGUAGUAUACUCAAAGUUGCAGUCAAGUGCAGGCAACCCAUUUCCGGGCCUUUACCUGACCCCCACGCAAUAUGCAGUCCCCACCCUUCACAAGUCUCCUCACACAACACCUGUCGCCGGCUUCAUGUUCAACAACGUCAAUCACGGCAGAGACAUUAUAACGUCCCCGAUUCCCGGGAAGUGCCCCACCCCCAUCCCUAUCGUCAACCGUUCGUUGUCAUGCCAACAUACACAGAUGCGACGACUCGACCUCUCCGAUGACCAGCUGAAGCAAGUCUUGUCUGACGUCGGCGGCAACUACGUCAAAGACUACAUGGCGACGUCGGAUGAUGAGGCGCAGCAGAACUUCCCUAACAUGUUGUCACUUAACGAUAUGUAUGAGGAUGUUGACUUUGACGGACACCCUGACGACUGGGCGUGGGACUACACCAGGACUAAGAAAGAACUGCUUAGUCAGCUGGAGGAGGCGUACAGGCAGUAUUACAGCCGGAGCUACCCCGACUCCACCACCACCACCACCACCACCACCAUGCCGAAGUCACUGCAGCAGCUGCUGUUCAACCGGACACUUUACAGGAGUGAAAAUCAUGAAGAUAUUGAGGUCAAGGACACAGGGAAGGUAACCCUGAAACCGAAGAGUGAGAACGAUCCCGGACAUCUUGGAUCUGGCGGACAGGAACAAACCGGUCCUAACCUCAUCAUGGGUAAUCCCGGUAAAUGGCGGGAAAUCAAUGUCAACAUUCCACUGCGCAUACUCGCGCAGGUACUUCCGGCGAAGGUCAUGUAUCCAGAAAGAAAACGUGUACGACGUAACGCGGUUGGUUCUGGGGAGACCUGCAGAGACGUGGGUGCACAGACCAAUGACGGCUACCUACAUUUGUGUUCGACAUGUGCCCACACCACAACCCUCGGGACGGAUCGCUUCCCCCGGAUCAUCAAUGAGGUCUGGUGUAACACGGACAGCAAGGGGUGUCUGCACCUGGGAGGAACAGCUCAUGGAUCGUGUCGCCAGACUGUGGUCUACAUGACGAUGUUGCGGAAGAAGCCGAACACGUGCAUGACCAUCAUCAAAGAUGGCGUUCACUACAUCACGGACGAGUGGGAGAAGUACGCUCAACCCAUCAAAGUUGCUUGUGAAUGCGUGGUCGACAAAAGAUCUCCCUUUGCUAAAUAUGUGAAACCCUAGCUUGACAAACUGGCCGAGGACUGCAUGUGAAAUAGUACGGCCGACACGCUGUGUGAUGGGCGACUGCAGCGAAUGCCUGUUACUGCUUCAGUGUGGCGUUUGUGAUGACGUCAUUGAUGACGUCACAAAUGACGUCAUGCAUGUUUCUUAUCACUGAUUCUGUGUUUACGCCACUGAAGAAUUAAUACAUAAUUUGCGUUGGAUAUGCAUGCCUACUUGUAGUAUUUCCUAAACAGACUGUUUUAAGGUAAGACGUGUCAACGGUGUGAAAAGUUUAUUUUAUAUGUCAUUUUCGUUGAUCUAUGACAUUCUUGAUCAUUGGAUUUGGAAGAACUAUGUGUUCGGUAAGCCCUGGCAUCAACACCCUACAAGGCCAUAUAUGGCGUAAACCGGUGAGACUGUCUGCGACCAUGACCUACAGUCAGCAUAUGUCUGUGUUUGGAUUAUCUGCGAUCUGAGGAACCAACCAGAACAUAUUCCUGGGAAAAUAUUUUCCUUAGGCUUUGCCACCAACAAGUUUGUUCGCAAAACAUGCUGUGAAAAAUAAAAUUGUUCGUCUCCCUUUAGCGUUUUUUGA